GUAUAAAAGCACAGUGAAAGUGUAGCACGGACAGAGCAGGACCUGAAGUCAGCACCAGCGCGUACACAAAGGCAGCAGUGUUAACAGUUAACUCGACAGCAUGAUGAAGUUGUUGUCUGCUCUGGUGGUCUUGGUGGCUGUGUCCUCCUCACUGGGGAAACUGGACAAGAAAACCACGCCGAAGCCAAAGAGGGUCCCCCAGACGCUCUCCAGAGGGUGGGCUGAUGACCUCAUCUGGGCUCAGACCUAUGAGGAGGCUUUGUUCAGAUCCAGAUCAAAUAACAAGCCUGUAAUGGUGAUCUUUCACCUGGAGGACUGUCCACACAGCUUGGCUCUUAAGAAGGUGUUUGCUGAAAACAAUGAGAUCCAGAAGAUGGCGGAUGAGGAUUUCGUCAUCCUGAACUUAGUGUAUGAGACCACAGACAAGCACCUUUCCCCUGACGGACAGUACGUUCCCAGAAUCCUUUUCGUUGACCCCUCCAUGACUGUGAGAGCUGACAUCACGGGAAGAUACUCUAACCGCUUAUACGCGUACGAACCCUCUGACAUCAGCCUCCUGGUAAGCAACAUGAAGAAGGCUAAGAGGCUGCUGAAGACAGAGUUGUAAGAGCACCAUGUGUGCCUGUGACCUUUGACCUAUGACCUCCAAGUUCUCAGGCUCAAGGGUCAUGAAAAUGUUUACUGGUGAAAAAGCCAAGCACUGGGAUACAUCGUCUUCAGUUUCCAUUGACACUUCCAUUGUUCAACUUAUUCAUGCGUUGUGUUUUAUCGUCCUACUUGCGUAUGUCUUUUUGAUAAACGCGUCUCUUUAUUUG